GUGAAUGAGAUCUACCAUGACCAGUCUUUGGGAGCAAAGAUCAACGUGGUGCUGGUGCGGAUUAUCAUGCUGGGCUACGGCAAGGUUGCUGCACGGAAUCAUGGGAAGUCCAGUUCCUACGACUGUCUCCGUGACGACCCCUUUGACCACAACUGGCCCUCGCUGCCUCAGCUUCCUGGGUUGCAUUAUUCUAUGAACGAACAAUGUCGCUUCGACUUCGGUGUGGGCUACACGAUGUGCACCGCGCUACAAAAGGCGGGCCAGUCAGGAACCCAGUAUCGCACAUUUGACCCAUGUAAGCAGCUGUGGUGUAGCCACCCAGACAAUCCCUUCUUCUGCAAGACCAAGAAAGGUCCGCCCAUUGAUGGCACCAUGUGUGGGAAUGGAAAGCAUUGCUUUAAAGGUCACUGCAUCUGGUUGACACCUGACAUCAUAAAGCAAGAUGGAAACUGGGGGUCAUGGAGUGAGUUUGGUCAGUGCUCCCGCACCUGUGGUGGAGGAGUACAGUUUCGCACACGCGACUGUGACAAUCCAAGACCAGCCAAUGGAGGCCGCACCUGCGUUGGCGCGACUUACCAGUUCCAGAUGUGCAACACCAACGAAUGCGAGGAUAUCUACAGCGACACACGAGAGGAGCAAUGCCACGCUUGGGACCCCCGCUUUGAAAUCCACAGCAACAAGCACCAAUGGCUGCCUUAUGAACACACAGACCCUAACAAACGCUGCCAACUGCAUUGCCAAUCCAAGGAGACACAAGAUGUGGUCUCCAUGCAGAGGAUGGUCCUGGACGGCACGCGCUGCUCGUACAAGGACCCGCACAGUGUGUGUGUGCGCGGGGAGUGUGAGAAAGUGGGCUGUGACAGUGUGGUCGGCUCCUCAAAGCAGGAGGACAAGUGUGGAGUGUGCGGAGGAGACAACUCCAGCUGCAAAACAUUCAAAGACACCAUCACACGUACUGCCAAGAAACAAGGUUUCCUGAAAGUUCUUGAAAUCCCCAGAGGAGCGAGACACUUGCUGAUCCAAGAGCUGAAAGUGACCUCACACACUUUAGCCGUAAAGAACGUGGCAUCAGGACUGUUCUUCUUGAACGGGGAAAACGAUUACCCAGAAUCCCACUCGGUCAUAGAAAAGGGCGUCGAGUGGGAAUAUGAGAAUGACAACGACAAGGAGACUCUUCAGACCACCGGUCCACUCAGACAUGGAAUUUUGAUCAUGAUGAAAUUGCAUGGAGACGAGGACGUGAAUUUGUCAUAUAAGUACAUGAUGAACAUGGACAGUGACUCUGGCAUUCAGAACAACAUGCUAGUGGAGGACAGUGCCUAUGAGUGGGCUCCAAAGAAGUGGUCCUACUGUUCCAAGCUCUGCGGUGGAGGAAAACAGUACCUUCGAUAUGGCUGCAGAAGAAAAGUUGACAGUAAGAUGGUCCACAAGAGCUUCUGUAAUAAAUCCAACAUGAAACCUAGAGGAGACACCAGAGACUGCAAUCAGAAGCCCUGCCCUCCACCAAUUUGGGUGACAGGAGAGUGGCAGAACUGCAGCAAACUAUGUGGAAAGACAGGGAUGCAAAUCCGCUCGAUCAGCUGUGUCCAGCCGUCAGAUGACAACACCACACGCUCCAUUCACAAUAAGCACUGCAACGACGAACGGCCCGAGACCCGCAGACCCUGUAACCGACACAACUGCCCCACCCAGUGGAGGGUCGGACCGUGGUCACAGUGCUCUGUGACAUGUGGUAACGGGACGCAGAACAGGCAGGCUUUGUGCCACACCAGGGACAACAGCAUCGGCCUGUGUCUGGACAGUAAGCCUGAAACCAUCAGAGUCUGCCGCCUGGAUCCAUGUCACAGGGACUCAGACUUCAACAGGAAUGGCAACAUGCUGAUCCAGUUGCUGUCUCGCCGUAACUCCAUCUACCCGCAGAUCUCCUCACGCCGGCGUUGUCAUGGAGACCGCACCGUGUUCUGUCGUAUGGAGGUGCUGAAGCGCUACUGCCCUCUACCGGAGUACCAGCGCAUGUGCUGCAAGUCCUGUGCCAAUGUCAGCGUUACAGGAGUUCUACCCACCUUCACACCCAUCACCUCCAUCCUGCCCAAAGUUACAACUCCUCCACCCAGCAGCACCCUUAGCUCUGGCUUCACCACCAUCCCACCCACCACAGAUGUCAUCACCACCAUUUCAGCUUCUACCAUCGAUCCCCGGACCACCACUCAUCCUCCUACCUCUGUCACUGCUAUUCCUCAUUCUACACUUUUCCCUACACAAAUGAUCCCCAAUCAUUCUUCUACGUCUACCACUGAUGUUCUGACCUCCACAUCUUCCCCUCCAAGUGAAAUUCAUAUGAUCAUCACUCAUCCUCCAUCUGCCACCAGUGCUACAGUCCCUCAGUCCAUCUCUUCCAUGUUGACCACCUCAAGUUCAACUUAUUUUAGUGUUAGAGCUCAUCCCCUACCUCUGCCUGCCCCAGACAUAGAUGAGAACACAGACAUACAGUUACAGAGUACUACAAAUGGUCCAACAACAUCUGAUAUCAUAACUACAACCCACCUUCCAGCAACAAACAUUCCAACUAUCUAUACAGAAAGCACUACAAAAACAGAUGCCCAAAUAAAGUCAAAGCCUAAAAAGAUUUUGCCAAAGAAAAAACCCAAAAAGGUGUUUACACCAAAGAUCAAUCCAAAGAAGAAUACUGCACAAAAAAAUAUUACAAGAAAAAAUGUUCCACUAAAGGUCAAACCCAGAAAUAAAACAAAUUCUGCUCCAAAAAAGGGUAAAUUAGGAGACAGCAAUCCGCCGCAAAAUAAACCAGAAAACAAAGCUCCCAAAAAGACUAUUAAACCAAACACCACCCCUAAAAAGACUACUAAACCAAACACCACCCCUAAAAAGACUACUAAACCAAACACCACCCCUAAAAAGACUACUAAACCAAACACGGCCCCUAAAAAGACUACUAAACCAAACACCACCCCUAAAAAAACUACUAAACCAAACACCACCCCUAAAAAGAAUCCUGUGAUAAAGACUCCUCCCAAGAAAAAACCAACGCCCAAAAAGAAGGCUCCGUCACAGGCCAAACCUAAGAAGAACACUCAGCCAAAGCAAAAACAAACAAAGACAAAUAUCCAAAAGAUCCCCAAACCAGGUCCCAAAAAGGCAACAAACUCACCAACUAAGGUAAAUAAGGAUAGGUUCAAGGUAAAAAAGACUUAUCCACCAAAGAAAACCCAAAAAACGGUGUCUCCAUAUGUUACAACAACUGCCACUCUGCAAACAAGUCCAGGACCACUAAAAGAGUUAUUUUCUUCCACUAUCUCUGGCGCCAGUGUAUAUGCGACAGUUGCAGGCAUGCCUUUGUCCGAGUCCAGAGUCAAUGUCACAUACAUCAAUGACAACACAGCAACUAAAGAUGAAACUCCGCUGUGGUAUUACAUUGUUUCAACCACAACACCUAUCACUUUUGGAGAUGGCAUUACACCAACUGACAUCGCUCAUUUCGAGGAAGUCAGCGUGUCCAGUGGAACCAUGCCUCACAGCAGUGCUCCAAUGACCAGCAGUGGUGAUGUCCCAGUAACAAGCGGGACCAUUUUCAGUGGUGAUGACAUCACAGUGUCCUACAGCAACAGGGAAGGGGUCAGUGACACCAUGGUGCUAGAUGACGGACUCACUAUGAUGAUCCCAACCAUCAACAGCGAGGAUAUGACGGACCUCGCUUCCUCGCCCUGGCUGGACCUGUCUGAAUACAUCCCUGUGAGCUAUCCUGUUCCCACAACAACUUCAGACCCUGCCUUGGCCUCACCUUCCACCAUCAUCACUCUGCCAACUGAAACAUCAGCCAUCUUAACCACAACCAAACCUCAGCAAAGACCAGAGGAGAACAAUGAGAACAACUCCGUCGACAUCAUAUACAACAGGAUCAUCGGCGUAGACAACGAUAUCUCCCAGAACAAUCUGAUCCCAAGGCGUCGGGUCAAUCUCAGAGAGAGAACCAAGAACAAACGCAUUCAGGAGCUUCUGGAGGAGAAGAGGAACUUUCUCCUCAGGAUGAAGCGAGGUCACAGAGUAUGAAAGAUCAAGCCUUCUCAUUUCUCUUAUAGAGAUGAAGGUGUUCCUUACAGACUUUUGUAAACUAUGUUUGAACCCCUCUAAACUGCCAUGAUGCUUUUUACGAGGCCUUCACAAAAAACAUUGUCAUAUCAAUCAAUCAAUCAAUGUUUAUUUAUAUAGCCCAAUAUCACAAAUGUUACAUUUGUCUCA